UACAGCAGCACUGUUACACCAAGAGCACAAAACAACUGAAGCAGCUUUCCCUGCUCACUGAAAUCUCCAGAAACACAGCUCCAGAAACAUGAAUGAACCACUAAAUGUGACAGAUGGCCAGACCUGUGAUUAUGUCAACACAUCAGUCAACUCUUUCUUUAUGCUGGUCUACAGUCUGGUCUUUCUGGUGGGUUUACCCCUCAAUGGCUUCAUCAUGAAGUUUUACUUUUGUGGAGCUCAGCAGCAGGCAUCAAGCAGCUUGAUGGUCUACCUGAAGAACCUGACAGCUGCUGACUUCCUGCUUUGCCUCUCUCUGCCACUGCGCAUCAGCCACUAUGCUAGCAGCUCUCUCAUCAUUCAGCUGCUCUACUGCAGCUUUGGGGCUUCUGCUUUCUUCCUCAACAUGUACGCCAGCAUCAUAUUUAUGGGGUCCAUUGCUGCUGACAGGUAUCUGAAAAUUGUUCAUACUUCACAAAUGCACAUGCUGCAGACAGUACAAGCAGCAAACAUCAUCUCCAUGGUCACCUGGAUUGUUCUCCUAGUUCCUGCCAUCACCUACACCAUCCUGUUUUUCAUCACCCAAGAACCUCGGAGUUCUACCCUGAGCCGCUGUGGUUCCCUCUUUAGUGCAUCAGUCAGCCUGGUCUUCAAAAUAAUUCACAUCAGCUGCACCAUCAUCUUUCUCGUGGUCUUCAUAGCCAUGGUCUUCUUCUACUACAGCACCUCCCGCAGGGUGUUGCAGGCACAGCAGAGGCAGCUGGCCUCCUCUGGCUCUGAGAAGCUGGUGAAGUCUCGCAGGAACAUGUUGGUGCUGGUCAGCAUCUUCUGUGUUUGUUUUGUCCCCUACCACCUGGUUCGACUUCCCGCCACUUUUCUUUUGAACAGCUGUUCUGUGGGUCCAGUGUUGUUCUACCUGAAGGAGGCUGCCACCAUGGUGUCAGUUUUCAAUGUCUGCCUGGACCCUCUUGUUUACUUUUUCCUCAGUAAGACUCUUUCGGGCUCAAGGAUCCCAGGGGCUAUGUUGUCCGGGGGCUUCUCCUGCCUGGUAGGGUCUCCCAUGGCAAAUUGGUCCUGGGUGAGGGACCAGUCAAGGAGUGAUUCGGAAGACCCCUAUGAGAAGAACACCUAG